GUUUUUUCUAAUCACAUGUUUGAUUGCCCAGAAAAUUAGUCGCGCCCCAAUAGAAAAAAUAGCUUUAGUUUUCUGAAUUUUUGUAUUUAAUUGACUCAAAACUGGAAAAAUUAUUGGUAAUCGUACUUGAUAUCAUGUUGCAGUGGAUUCAAACACUAGAGAUGGGGUAGCUGACAGCACUGACGAAGGAGUCAUGGUUGAUUUGGAGGGAGGUGAUGUUCUUGAACCAUCUGUGGGUAUGGAAUUUGAAUCUGAAGAGUCUGCCAGGCAAUUUUAUGUAGGAUAUGCCAGAAGGGUGGGAUUUGUGGUGCGUACUAUGCAACGCCGUCGAUCGGACAUUGAUGGGAAAACUCUUGCUCGGCGACUUGGAUGUAACAAGCAGGGGUUUUCUCCUAAUUAUAAGUGCACAAUUGGACCAGAUCAGAAGCCACGGCCUAGUGCACGAGAAGGCUGCAAGGCAACAAUUUUAGUGAAGAUGGAGAAGUCUGGAAAAUGGGUUGUUACGAGAUUUGAGAAGGAUCAUAAUCAUCCUUUGGUUGUGACUGCCCAUGGCUUUACAACUCCAGGUGACAAGGAUAAAAAAAUUGAAGAACUUACUCGGCAGUUGAAGAUUCAAGACCAGUUAUGUGCAUCUUAUCGAGAAAGACUACUUAAGCUUCUGUCUGAUGUUGAGGAGCAAACUGAACAAUUGUCUUCAAAGGUUCAAGUAAUUGUUGAUAAUGUGAGAAAAGUUGAAGCUGAAGUACAACAUCUUUCAUGCCAUCAAUAGCCUCAGCGUUUAAAGCAAGCUGUCUGUCAUGUGCAUGUAAGAUCUGUAUAUAAUUUAAGUUCAAUUUCAAGAUUUCUUCUUCUGUACAGUAUUUGCUCUUUAAAUUUCUUUUUAUUUGAUACAGCAUUUGAUCUUUAUAUCUG